AUGACCGAAAUCAUACCGUUUUACGAAUUAUGUUCAUCAGAUCCAAGUAAAGCCGCUAAAUUUUUCUCAGAUCUCGGAACUGAUAUUAAGAAGGAAUUUAAAGCAAUACCUAAGAUUGUAAAAGAUUCGGCACCAUAUGCGGCUCAAUUGCCUAUACUGGGUUCUGCGGUUAGCAUGGGCCAAACAAUAGGUACGGAUAUGGGUCAAGCAUUACGAAACAAAAAGACACAGAUAGGUCAAAAUCCUGGAUCUGCUGGAGGGCCAGCAGGAGGAAACCCACCACCAGGAGGAAACCCACCACCAGGAGGAUACCCACCUGCAGGAGGAAACCCACCAACAGGAGGGUAUCCACCAGCAGGAGGAUACCCACCAGGAGCAGGAUACCCACCAACAGCAGGAAACUCACCUGCAGGAGGAUACCUACCAGCAGCAGGAUACCCACCAGCAGGAGCAUUUGCUCAAGGAACACGAUACCCACCUGCUGAUUCAUCAAUUUCUCCUCCAGUGGGAACAGAAUAUCAUGAAAAAUAUUCAACUACCAGAAGAGCAGGAUACUCUGAAGGAUAUUCUGGCAUUGAAGGAACGGGAUCUCCUGGGGGAUAUUCCGGGAUUGGAGGAGCAGCAUAUCCUGAAGGAUAUUCUGCUACUAAAGGAAGGGAGUCUCUCGGAAGAUUAACACAUUUUGUGCAAACUUUUGGAAAUCUAGCUGCUAAUAAUGACCUUCCUGGAUAUGCUGGACAUCAGAAACAUUCAAGACAUUCUUGGCAUCAUGAACAUCCUAAACAACAUACUUGGCAGCAUGAACAUUCAGCACAACAUUCUUGGCAGCACGAACAUCCAAAGGAACAUAAUUGGCAGCAUGAACAUAAAGAACAUUCGGAACAUGAUGAGCAUAUGGAACACAAAAAAAAAGAAUAA